UGAAGCCGGCAGCUCUUUUAGCUUUUAUAUUUUAUAUUUAGGUGGCAAUUUUAACCAUUAAUUGCUCAUUAUGGCGGGUCAUAUGUCUUUUCCCGAACCUCCAAAUAUUUUUAGUUCCUGGUAUCCCAUUGGUAUAGCAGUGAUAGCUGGAGUGUUGUAUGCAUUAAGGCAAUGGUUCCGUGGUCCUCAGUACAUUGCCACUACAAAGUUGAAAGGCAAGACUGUGAUUGUCACCGGUGCAAAUACUGGUAUUGGAUUUGCUGUAGCUGUUGACAUGGCAACACGGGGUGCCCGAGUGUUUCUUGUGUGUAGGGAUGAGGCCAAGGGGAAAGCAGCAGAGGAAGAAAUUAGGAAAGCUACUGAUAACAUGAAUGUCAUUUUCAUGAAAUGUGAUCUUGCUUCCUUCAAGUCUAUUCGAGAAUUUGUCGAAAACUUCAAGAAAAAGGAAGAAAAACUGGAUAUACUUAUUAAUAAUGCUGGUGUGAUGAUGUGUGCAGAAGGUGAAACAGAAGACAAAUUUGAAACUCAGUUUGGUGUCAAUUAUCUUGGUACCUUCCUUCUAACAGAGUUGUUAUUAGACCUGCUGAAAGCUUCACCGUCUGCCAGAAUAGUGAAUACCUCAGCAUCUGCAAGUAAUCUUGGCAAAAUCAACUUUGAUGACAUCAACAUGAAAGAGGACUACACUCCUGGUCAGGCAUUUGCUCAAAGCAAGCACGCUGUUGAUAUGUAUUCCAUUAAGUUAGCAGAAAGACUCAAAGGCACCAAAGUUACAGUUGCCACUGUCAACCCAGGAAUUGUGAACUCCACAGGUCUUCGACACCUGCCGAUGAAAACCAGUUCAUUCCUUCGCCUCAGUCUUGGCUUGCCUAUCUGGUUUAUGUUGAAAACCUCUGCUGAUGGAGCACACACUACAGUGUACGCAGCUGUGGAAAACAAGCUGGAAGGAGUGUCAGGCCGGCGCUACAAGGAUUGUCAAGAUAUCAAGUUUGAUGACAACACAAAAGAUGAGGAGUUUUGCAAUAAGUUGUAUGAAAAAACUUUAGAAUGGACCGGAUUAAAAAAAGCACGAUCUGAAAUUGAGUAACAACUCAUCUAGUCUAUUCAGGUCUACUACACUGAGAUUUCUGGUGUAUUCACAGGCGUAUGUGCAGGAAUGUUGCAGGGGUCACCUAGACUGUUGUCGGUAAAAUUUGUAGGGGGCUCAAGUCAUGAAAAUAGAUAUAUAAAAAAUUGCUGGAGCAGGGAGGCGUUUCAUCCCCCGAAACCCUCCCCCUGCACAUUCGUCUGAUUCAUGUGCCUUCACUUUCAUUCAUCAAAUUACAUUUCUGUUUUGGAUUGUAGUACAUCUUUUUAUUAACUUACGCAUUCAUUUGAUAUUUUUAAAGGCUCGUGUGUGUAUGCCUAGCUUCACAGCGCCAGUAUCAUCUGCAAUAAUUCAUUGCAAAUAUUUCAUGUUUAUCACCCAGGAAUGGUUUUCGUUCUCAAAUGUACAAACUAUUGGUUUACUCAAUUUUAUAAAGAUGUACAACUGUUAGACAUUUUCAUACCUGUACGGUUGACUUGUUUUACUUUUGGUGAUCAAAUUUUUGUGGCUGCUCAAUAGGUAGUACCCAUGCUAGAGAUUUUCGAAGCAAUUUUUGUUCUACGAUAUCAUAAAACUGUCGCACACUAUGUUGUUACUACGACACAUACCAUUUUGAUAUCAUAACCUAUAAUGGUUUUACAAUAUCAUAACGCCAAGAUAGCUUAAAAAAUCUGAGCCCAGAUGUGUUAUUGUACAAAGGUUCUGUUGGUCACAUUUCCAUGCCUUCCCAAAUGUGUUUAUGUAGAAUUGUACAAAGGUCUUUCAAGGAUGUCUGUUUUGAAUGAUUCCACCAAUUUUUUUGAGUAAGUUGGUGUUUGGCAAGUACCUAGACAGGGUUUCUGCCAGAGGGUAAAAUGGGUAUGGUGCCAUACCCAGAUUUCUUUGCAAAUUUUU